AAAUUUUGAAUCUUUCCCUCUUUUUGCUAUUUAUCCGCGUUUUGCAAGUUAUAAAGAUCUACCUGCGCAACGAAAUGGCUAACGUAUAAUAAUUGCGGUUAAAAUCGUAGCGCGUGACUGGAACCGUAGAUCUUGGGGAACCAUGUUAUACUGCAUGCAGAUAUCCCGUCCUAUACCAACCAGGUAGGUAGAACCAGCUUCGUCUCAUAUAUACAUCUCUCCUCAUGUAGGCCGGCUCUUGGUGGACAUAUCAUUGGUCCAGUUCCGUCGCAUGGGUGUAUCUAGAUCAACCGCGUGUAGCAUUGAUUCGACGUUCCGCUGCCCAGUUUUACGGAGGGCGUAUUCAUUUGUCAUUUGACGAGUUUCUUCGUAAAAUUCUCCCAUAAAGAAUUCAGGGCGGACGCCUGAUAAUGUCAUCAUCGGGAGAGACUUAGGCACGGGCGGAUGGAAGCGCGCAUCUUUGAGAGUUGCAAGCCAUCUCUUCGGAGGCGACGGAUAAUUCGGCCAGCGAUCACUCGACGAUGGCGCUCAUCAGGUUGCUCUUACUAGGCCUGCUGCCGUGCUUAUGCCUGUCGACUUCCCUUCCGAAGCCCUCGCGAUUUGACCAACUGGGACCGAGGGGUAAGCCGACAAGCGCUCACCGCACAUCCGAGAGCGGAAGGCAUAUCAGAGCUACGCUUCAGUCCCAGAAGGUGAACAAUAUAACUGGCGGCUCGAUGUCCAUAUAUGAUGAGACGUCUAAAAUCUCAACUCGGUCACCACGAGAGCCAUUAGCAAGAUACGGUGCGGGGAUUGUAUAUAUGCUAGAACUCGCCCUCGGAACGCCCGGACAGAUAGUCUCAGCUAUCCUCGAUACCGGAUCCUAUACGCUGCUCGUGGAUCCGGACUGUAACCAGGCGGCGGACCCGAAUGCCUGUCGGACAUAUGGGUACUACGACACGAAACAGUCGUCUACCGCCAAAAACCUCAAUGGCUGGUUCUCUGGCCAAUUCGGCACUGGCUAUAUGGAGGGGGUAUGGUUCAGUGACACAGCCUACGUCGGGCUCGAUAACCUACCGCUUCCUAAUUUAAGAGUCGGGGUAAGCAAGUGGAGCCAGUAUAUUUGGGCUGGGGUGUUGGGUGUCUCGUACGGCAAGGCGUGGAAUACCGGAUACCAAACUUUGCUGGACCUUCUUGUUGCGCAGAGUUACAUUGAAGUACCAAUAUUCAGUCUAGGCGUCGGAUACCAAGGUGGUGGGAGUCCGAGUGACAUAAUCUUCGGAGGAGUAGACAGAAAGAAGUUCCGAGGAUAUCUAGAGCCCCUAGAGAUCUACCCGUACCCGGAGCAGCAGCUAAAGCUCUUUGGACAAGUAGGCUAUCGGGUAAAUCUGACAUCUUUGGGCGUCACCCUUCCCGGGCGGAACGAAACAAUGUUGACGGACGCCAAUUUUGGACAUAAUGUACUAAUCGAUUCUGGAUCUACGUACACUUAUCUCGACGCGGACUUAGUUGCUACUAUUGCAAGGGCCUUGAACGCGUACCAAGACGAGAACGGAGUCUAUCGCGUAUCUUGCGACGUCCGAAAUUUGGACGGCUCCGUGAACUUCGGGUUUAACUUUUAUAAUAAAAUCGUUAGAGUCAAUUAUGCCGACUUCAUUGUCGACUUUGAUACUUAUUGCGCUCUCGGGGUCCAGCCUACGGAUAACAAAAACCCAACGUGGGUGCUAGGGACCAGUUUCAUUCGAGCUGCAUAUCUUAUAUUCGAUCAGCUGAAUGAUGCUGUCUGGAUUGCACAAUACUUCCCGUGUGGUGAGAAUGAGAUAGCAGAUCUCACUAAGGAUGCCGGCAGACAACUGUGGUUAGAGGUCACAGGUUUAUGUUGA